CACACACACGCACACUGACUGGAGAGUCAGGCGCACUCGCUCCUGCCAGGAAGUUGUUGGUAUUCGGGAAAUAACAAAGAGACGAAACCAGGUAUAUUAAACGCAUCGAAACUACACGAGGGUGGUCCGUGUAACGUGUACGGGGUCCUGGUAUGAACUGGAGGACUAUUAACUAAUGGAGGACUAAUCGAUGGAGGCGGACAGAAGUUUUGGGCUCGUCUGGGUCCUGCUGCUGCUGUUGGGUAUUACAGCCACUUCAGGGAGAGAAGUAUGUGUUGGGACCGAUAUGAAGUUGGCUUUACCCUCCAGUCUUGAGAAUCAUUAUGAAAUGCUCAGGCUGCUGUACACGGGCUGCCAGGUGGUUCAUGGUAACCUGGAGAUCACACACCUGCAGGGAAAUCCAGAUCUCUCCUUCCUGCAGGGGAUUGUUGAGGUUCAGGGGUAUGUGCUGAUAGCUCAUGUCUCAGUGCAUUCGGUUCCUCUGGACAAUCUGCGGAUAAUACGAGGCAGUCAGCUUUAUAACUCCAGUUAUGCUCUCGCUGUACAUAACAACAUCCACCACAGUCAGACGGACCUCGGCCUGACACAACUAUGCCUUAAGAGUCUUACAGAAAUCCUGCUUGGCGGGGUUUAUAUUUGGGGAAAUCCUCAACUGUGCUUUCCUCAGAAAAUUAACUGGAAAGACACUGUAACUAAAAUUGAAAACAAACUACUGCACCUGCAAGAAACCCCAAAGAACUGUCCUAGUUGUUCUCCAGCUUGUCCUCCAAACAGUGGAUGCUGGGGAGAAACAAAUCAGGACUGCCAAAUAUUGACCUUUGUGCUUUGCUCAUCUGGCUGUUUGCGCUGUAAGGGUCCGAAACCCAGCGAUUGUUGUCAUGUGCAGUGUGCUGCUGGGUGCACGGGGCCAAAAGACACAGACUGUCUGGCCUGUCGUCACUUCAAUGACAGUGGGACAUGUAAAGACAACUGCCCCCCACCCAGCAUCUAUGACCCCAACACAUUUCAGUCCAAACCCAACAAGGACAAAAAGUUUAACUUUGGAGCCACUUGUGUUAAACAGUGUCCUCAUAACUAUUUGGCAAUGGAAGUGGCAUGUACAAUGGUCUGUCCCAAAGCGAACAAGGAAGCCAUUACUGUAGAGCCAGAUGGUAGUGAAACACAGAAAUGUGAAAAAUGUGAAGGAGAGUGUCCAAAAGUGUGUUAUGGACUAGGAAUGGGAAACCUUCAAGGGGUGUCAGUGGUGGAUGCCACCAACAUUGGCAUGUUCUUAGGCUGUGAGAAAAUCUACGGCAGUUUGGCUUUUCUAUCAGACUCCUUCAAAGUAAAUGUAGCUACCAAUUCAUCUGGACUUCGGUGGAGCGACCUGGAAAAGUUAAAGACAAUAGAAGAAAUCACAGGAUAUCUGUACAUAGAUACAUGGCCAGAUUAUUUACUUGAUCUGAAUGUUUUUGAGAACUUGAAGGUGAUCAGAGGAAGAAUGCUUUACAAGGGUGUUUUCUCUUUGGGAGUUCAGUCUUUGCAGAUCGAGUCUCUUGGGUUGCGUUCCUUGCGCAGUGUCAGUGGAGGCAUAGUACUGAUUCAUAAUAACUCCAGACUGUGCUACACCUCCUCUCUGCCCUGGAACUCACUGCUCCACCCCACACAGGGACCCAACCUCAUCAGCAACAACAACCAAGACCAGCAAACAUGUGUUUCAGAGGGGAGAGUAUGUGACCCCCUGUGUGCAGAUGCAGUCUGCUGGGGGCCGGGACCCAGUCAGUGUGUGUCAUGUGUGAAUUACAAACGUGGGACUGAGUGUGUGCAGCAGUGUAAUGUCCUACAGGGGUCAGUGCGUGAGUUUGAGGAUGGAUUAAACUGUGUCCCUUGCCAUCCAGAGUGUAAACCAGUCAAUGACACUGCCUCCUGUACAGGCCCAGGUCCAGAACACUGUAAGGAGUGUUUGCACUUUCAAGAUGGAGACGUGUGUGUCGAGCGCUGUCCCAGUGGAGUGAAAGAGGACCAGCACACUGUGUGGAAGUACUCCAAUGCUACGAAACACUGUUUGCCCUGUGAGACCAACUGCACCAUCUCAUGUCCACUGGAUGAUAGAGGGUGCCCCAUCCAAAAGAAAACUGGGCCUGGGACAACAGUCGCAGUCACAGUUGGUGGAUUAUUCCUUUUUCUUAUUUUGCUGGCGCUUCUGGCGUUUUACCUGCGACGACAGAAAAACCACAAAAGGAAAGAAACCAAUAGGAGAAUUCUACAGGAGCAUGAGCUGGUGGAGCCUUUGACCCCAAGUGGAGCAAUGCCAAACCAGGCUCAGAUGCGUAUUCUUAAGGAGACUGAACUGAAGAAACUCAGAGUGCUGGGUUCUGGAGCCUUCGGCACGGUCUAUAAGGGUAUCUGGGCUCCUGAUGGAGAGAAUGUCAAGAUCCCAGUGGCCAUCAAAGUUUUGCGUGAGAACACCUCACCCAAAGCCAACAAAGAAAUCUUGGAUGAGGCAUAUGUGAUGGCGGGUGUAGUGAGCCCAUAUGUUUGCCGUUUGUUGGGUAUCUGUCUGACAUCAACAGUUCAGCUGGUUACUCAGCUCAUGCCGUACGGUUGCUUAUUGGAGUAUGUCAGAGAGAACAAAGACCGCAUCGGCUCUCAGUACCUUCUCAACUGGUGUGUACAGAUUGCUAAGGGAAUGAGUUACCUUGAGGAUGUCAGGCUGGUUCACAGAGACCUUGCAGCUAGGAAUGUUCUGGUCAAAAACCCGAACCAUGUGAAGAUCACAGACUUUGGGCUUGCUAGAUUGCUGGACAUAGAUGAGAAGGAGUACCACGCUGAUGGGGGAAAGGUGCCAAUCAAAUGGAUGGCGCUUGAGUCCAUAUUACACCGGAAGUUUACACACCAAAGUGACGUAUGGAGCUACGGGGUGACUGUGUGGGAGUUGAUGACCUCUGGUAUGAAGCCAUAUGACCUCAUACCAGCGCGGGAAAUUCCAGACCUACUGGAGAGGGGAGAAAGACUCCCCCAGCCGUUCAUCUGUACCGAGGAUGUAUACAUGAUCAUGGUCAAAUGUUGGAUGAUCGAUCCUGACAGUCGACCACGAUUUAAGGAGCUGGUGGAGGAGUUCAGCAUCAUGACACGUGAUCCCCCACGUUAUGUAGUCAUUUUGAAUGAUGAUCAAAUGAGUUUGUCGAGUCCUGUUGAUAGUGAGUUCUUCCGCACACUGCUGGCAGAAGAAGGGGGUAAUGUGAAAGAGUUACUAGAUGCAGAAGAAUACCUGGUGCCUCAGCCCGGUGGCAUGUUCAACACACAAGGAGAAAUGAGAGCCAACGGACCCAGCAGACACCACUCUCAUCGGAGUACAGAUCAAGGCUUAGAAGUAGAUGGUAUGCCGAGUGUGAGGGAAUUGUACUCUUCUGUCAGCACGCUGGGGCAAAGUCAGUACUCAACUGUGAGGGCAUCAGCCAGUGGCAUGUGGUCUGGUACACAAUACCCAUCUCUGGUACGGAGCAUAUCUCACCGUUCAACUGGAGGCCAGUCAGACUCAGUGUUUGUGGACGGUUAUGUGGAGGACAAUGGCCCUCCAUACAGUCCUUGUCGUUAUUCUAAAGACCCCACCGUCCCCAAUGGCAUUGAUGGAGAGCUGGAGACUAGUGGUCCUAACAGUUUCCUGUCACACACACUGCCACGUGGAGCACACACACAACCUGAGUAUGUGAACCAGGACGUCCCAUGUGAGCGUCCCAGCACCCUUCCACGCAAAGCGAGCGAGAGGAGAUUCAUUAACGGUCUUUAUUCAGGGAACAGUGUGGAGAACCCAGAGUACCUGGUGCCAGUGCACAACAUCUCCCACAUUUCACCCGCCUUCGACAACCCCUACUAUCAUGAUAUCGCAGCUAAAGCUCAGGCAGUGGCCAGAGCAUCCAUAAACGGGGGUAUGACUCACAGGCAGCCCAAUGGCUACAUGACCCCCACAGCAGAAAACCCAGAGUACCUGGGCUUAGCAGAGACAUGGAGCGGUCAGACGGAGUAUACUUGAGAGAAAGCAUUCGGUACAGUUUGAGUGUGAGUGUGAGCGAUGAGGUUGUGUGCAUGAGCGAGUGAGUGAGUAAAAGACGUAUUUUGUGAAGGAAAUGGUUUCUCAUGGCUUUCUAACUAAAUCAUUAUAACUAUGUAGCAUUCGAUACUGGAGUUGGAACUUGAGGAUGGAUGCAUUUCCAGUCUGUGACAAAAAGUCAGCCAUCUGACAAAAACAUGGUACCUUUUUUUUAAGACUGCUUGAAUGAUGUUAACACUGGAUAAUGUACACUACACUAAGGACUUUAUUGGGAUUUUUGCUUUUGGUAAUUUCGUAAAAAUAUAACUUUUUCUGGAGAUUCAGUUCAAUUCCAAGCCAGGACCAUACACACUGCUUUCCAGAGCACUGCGUGAGAGCCGGACGGGAGCUGGACACAAUCAAAGCCGCUCUGUUCUGUAUGUAAAGGCCCUGGGUGAGCAGCUACAGUGCCAGUGAAUGAAAGACUGACAUUAUUGCCAUAUGAAAUGGCCGUCAUGUGUUCAGCAACGCAACUGGCUCUGAAGAUUCAUCAACAUUUCUUUUCUGUGACAUAUCCAGGUUUUCUCAUUUGUUUGGGUAUUUUUGGGUAAAUUCAUUGUGCAUUGAGCAUUGACUAUCUUCAUUAUGGGCUGGGUAACAGUUGUACAGAUGUAUGUAGAACAACAGGUGUCUAGGUCAUAUUGCACCCUGAUUUUAAAUUUUGUUCAUAAACAAAAUUCUAAUGCCUAUGUUAAGAUGUUUGCUUAAGAUUAUUUUUAUUAUAAUUAAUUGCAUUUUCUCCCCAUAAUCUAAUUAGUGUGCAUGUGAACUGUUGUUCAAAAGUUUGGAUUAAUACUUUUAUUCAGCAAAGUUGCAUUUUAUUAAUUUAUACUAUAAAAAAGUAAUUGUAAAGACUAUUUAGUUUAAAAUAAAUGCUGCUCUUUUUUUCUUUCUAUUCAUCAAAUAAUUGUGAAAACAAUGCAUCAUGGCUUCCUCAAAAAUAUUAAGCAAGAAAAAUGACAUUGUUAAUUAUGAAAAAAAAAGUUUUUUUGAGCAGGAAAUCAGCAUAUUAGAAUAUCUGUAGGAUCAUGUGAGACUGAAGACUGCAGAAAUGGCUUCUGAAAAUCCAACGUUACCUUCAAAGGAAUAAAUUACAUUUAAGAAAUUAGUGCUGUUAAAUGAUUAAUCGCGAUUAAUCCCAUACAAAAUAAAAGUUUUUGUUUGCAUAAAAAAUGUGUGUGUUCUGUGUAUAUUUAUUAUACCUAUAUAAGUACACACAUUUAGUAUACAUUUCUAAAAAUAUUUACGUCUAUAUUUAUAUUCAUACAAUUUAUAUUAUAAAUA